GUGGGAUCGUGAGCAUCCCUUCCUUCAUUUCUUUUCUUUUGCCUUUUCCAGUAAGGCCGACCUUUCUUCUUUGUUCCCGACUCAAUUAAAGCAUUUGGCGUUGGUGGUUCAAAAACAUUCAAAGAGCAAAGAGAUUGAUCUUUAAUUUGUUUUUUCGUAGAGUCGAAGAUAUUGAACUCUACUUUUUGGUCAUUGAACUCUAAAGUUAAUGAACCACUAGACACGUCAAUUUUUGUUUUUGCGGUCUUUAAGAAGGGUCUUCCCAAGAGGAUGGGUGCCGUUUGGUCAUCAUUCCCCAUUUCGAGGACGUAGAAGUCGACGGGAAAAACCAUAUUCUCUACUUCUACUAGCACAUCCUCUAAUACACCCUUUGGGUAGGUACUAGAACGAUCUGCUAGUUGAAUCACUACACCGGUUUGAUGUAGUGGGCCAAGUUGUAGGGUUUUAUAAACGGAAUAAGGAAUGACAUUUAUAGAUGCCCCCAAAUCUAGUAAGGCCUUAGGAAAUGUGGUGUUUCCUAUCGUGCAAGGAAUUGUGAACAUGCCAGGGUCGUCACAUUUUUUUGGAAAUUUUUUUUGAAAGACGGCUGAGACAUGCUCACUAACUUCAACCUUUGGUUUCCCCUUUAAUUUAUCUUUUCUUUUUAUUACACAUAGUUCUUUCAAAAACUUUGCAUAACGGGGAACACUUUGGGUUAGUUUAAAGAGUGGAGUAUUUACCUCACAAUCGGCGAAGGUCUUAUAGAUGUCCCGAUCACUCUCUAGCUUCCUUGUAUCUUUCAACGCCUCAGGGAAUGGAGGGAUUGGUUCAUAUGAUGAUAGUGGAGGAAAUUUUCUCUUCGUUGGCUCCUCCUCCUUGUGGUCAAUCUCCUCUUUUUCACUUUCCUUUGCUUGUGAUUCCGGGCUACUCCUUAGCAUGAUGGCAUUGACUUGUUGCCUUGGGUUUUGCUCAGUUUGGGACGGGAGCCUACCCGAAUCUCUUGCUUCAAGUCGAUUUACAGCAUUCGAAAUUUGGCUAACUUGAGUUUCCAAAUUUUGAAUGCUUGACUUUGUUUCUUGUUGAAAUUGCACCACGUUUUGUUGUAAGGUGGCCAUGGUAGUAGCAAGAGUUCGAAUCAUGUCUUCCGUAGACAUACUCGAUUGAGAAGGUGGGUUGGUUUGUUGAGGGUUUCCAUACCUUAAGUUUGGAUGAUCCCUCAAUCCGGGAUUGUAAGAAUUUGAGAACGGGUCAUACCUCCUUUGUUGGUGGCCUUGGAAACCCAAGGCGUUGACAUGCUCUGUUGUGUCUUCUUGAAGAGUUGGGCAUGAGUCCGUGGGAUGCCCUUGUUGUGUACAGAUACCGCAGACCUUGACUUCUUGGGUCUUGGAUUUUAAAAGGAAAUCCUUAACCAAAGAAGUCAAGCCGGUCACUUGACUGGUCAAGCCGUUCACUUGACUUUCCAACGCGUUGUUGGAUUCUGCCGCCAUAACUCUUCGAGUUGAGGAUCGCCCGUUAUAGUGUCUGGAGUUCUCGGCCAACUCCGAGAUGAGAUCUCUUGCUUGCGAAGGGGUUUUGUUGACAAUGCCCCCUCCACACGCCGCAUUCACCAUGCGACGAUCUUGAUCCACAAGACCAUCAUAGAAGUACAGGAUGAGGUCUUGUUCGGUGUAUCCGUGAUAGGGGCAACUUGCACAUAGCUUCUUGAAUCUCUCCCAAUAUUCAUAUAGGGAUUCAUCAUCUUUUUGUUCGAUGUUGCUUAUUUGCUUCUUGAGUGAUGAUGAAAUAGAAGCGGGGUAGUACCUGUCAAGAAAGGCCUUCUUCAUUUGUGGCCAUGUAGUGAUACUUCCUGAAGGAAGAUAGAAUAGCCAGUCCUUCGCGGUGUCCUUCAAGGAAAAUGGGAAUGCUCUCAGUUUGAUCUGCUCCUCGGAGACACCAUUGGGGCACAUGCUUGUGCACACAAUGUGGAACUCCGACAAGUGUUUGUUCGGAUCCUCCCCUCGUAAGCCAUGGAAGGAUGGGAGUAGAUGAAUGACCCAGAUUUUAGCUCAAAUGUGACCCCCGUAUCAAAUGUUGGAAAAGUGAUACAUAGGGGUUGUUGAUCUAGAUUCGGAGCCGUGAGCUCCCUCAAUGUUCUCGUUUCAUUAGCCAUAGUAAUUGGCUCUUCAGUCUCGCUAGAUUGAGAACUAGCACUUGAUGAUUCUCCCGAGUCGGAGCUUGAGAAUUUAUUCUUCAACCGCUCGAGAGUUUGUUCUAUUUCGGGGUUUGAUUUGUAGGUGAUUUCGUUCAGUGAACGAUAUUUAACCAUAUACUACAAAGCUCAGAAGAAAUAGAAAUCCUUAUACUUGAACCAUAUUUUUUUUUCUUAGAAUAAAAUAAAAAGAAAAAUUAAUUGCCUCUCCCCGGCAACGGCGCCAAAUUUGACGUGCACUUUGUCGUGAGUGCACUCAAAGUAAUUUCAACACUAACACUUAUACGUAGUAUAGCGUAGUAGAGUUCGUAUCCACAGGGAAAGGAAUAAUUCUCUUUUUAUAAAACUAGUAAAUAAAAAGGGGGGUUUUGGGAUUGAAUGAUUUAACUUAAUUAAACAUAAAGAUGAACAACUUAAUUUAAAGAUAAAAAGGACUUGGCAUUGCUACUUUCCACUUGUUGAUAUAUUUUAGUCGAUCAUUGUUAUAUCUAUAACUAAUCCCCUCUCGAAUACUCAAUCGAGGAGUAUAUCCAAUUCAUCGAGGAAAGUUAUUAACAACGACCGUUCAUUAAUAACCCUUACUAUUAGUCAAGUAUAGAACAACGCCAUAUACCGACUUGAUAGUAGCAUUUAAUCUCUGAACUCCUUGAUGAAAUCAAUUGAGAUUGAUAACCUCAACACAAAGGUUUCGGUUUAACCAACAAAAUUAAUCCCUCUUAAGUUUAUUAACCACGACCGUGCAUUAAUAAACCGAAGUUACUUACUUGUGAAACCAUCAACGAUUAACCAUCGGUUCGUUGAUCGUUUCUAGUAGUAAUUAAUGUCGAGAUGUUAACUAAUUGUCAUCUUAGCAACACUCCCCAACAUUAAUAUAGAGAUAGAUUAAGGGAAGAAUUAAUAUUCAAGGAAGAAGAUUAAAUAUGAAUAAUCCUACUAUAACUAAUGUCAAGAUGUUAUCUAAUUGUCAUCUUAGCAACACUCCCCAACAUUAAUAUAUAGAGGAAGAAAAUAAAUACUACUAUAACUAAUGUCGAGAUGUUAACUAAUUGUCAUCUUAGCAACACUCCCCAACAUUAAUAUAGAGAUAUAUUAAGAGAAUAAUUAAUAUUCAAGGGAAGAAGUUAAGAAAAUAACUCACAACUUUAAUAAUCAACAAGCUUCAAGAGCAACACCAAGAAAUGGAAGUUUAGCUCCUCAUUUGGAGACUAAACAUGCUAUAAAAUAUAAAAGAAAUACUAUUCUAAACUGAGCUUAAGAGUAUGGAAGAAGGGAUUUAAAAGUGAAGGAAAGGGGGUGUAUUUAUAGGCUUUUUGAGGUGCAGGAUCGAGUACUCGAUCGAGUAUGUAUAGAAAUCAGAAUUUGGUCAAUACUCGAUCAAUACUCGAGUAGAUUUUAUAUGCAUACCCGAUCGAGUAUAUAAGCAUACCCGAUCGGGUAUAGACACUCGAACGUGGGAAAAUCUUCUCCUGCAUGUUCCUUUGUUUUCGGAUCCGAUCCGAUUUGAAAUGUCAACCAGAUACCCGAUCGAGUAUAUGUAUAUACUCGAUCGAGUAUAGACCAAAAUCAGGAUUUUUCCUUCUUUUUGUCUUGUACUCUUGCACCUUCCUUCACCAUUGAUCAUUUGAUUGAUCUUGGACCUGUUUAAGCUCAGAAUAAACCUAAUCUAAACAAAUUACAAGAAUUUAACAAACUAAACUAUUACACCGAAAGUGUGUAAUUUCCGAAAUAUUAAACAAUCAAAACUAACUAAAAGCGUAAAUAAACAUACGGAAAUUACAAACGUAUCAUAUGGGCACUUUGAAUUCCUUGUUAUGUCGUUUGGGUUAACAAACGCCCCAGCGGCGUUCAUGGACUUGAUGAACCGAGUAUUUCACAAAUACUUGGACCGAUUCGUGAUUGUGUUCAUUGAUGACAUCUUGAUCUACUCAAAGAGUGAGGAAGAGCAUGAGGAGCACUUGAUACUCGUUCUUGAGACACUACGGGAGAAGCAACUCUAUGCCAAAUUUUCUAAAUGUGAAUUUUGGCUUAAGGAGAUUGGUUUUCUCGGGCAUAUGGUUUCGGGAUCGGGAAUUGCUGUCGAUAACAAGAAGAUAGAAGCCAUCACCGAAUGGGAGAGACCAAAGAACGUCAAGGAAAUUCGUAGUUUCCUUGGAUUGGCAGGAUACUAUAGAAAGUUCGUGGAGAAGCUCUCUGUUUUGGCAUCACCGUUGACGAAGCUCACUCGAAAAGGAGCUAAGUUUGUAUGGGAUGACAAAUGUGAGAAAGGAUUCACUGAACUGAAGAAGAAAUUGACCGAGGCACCGGUACUUGCAUUACCCAAACAGGGUAUGGGGUACGAUGUCUAUAGUGAGGCGAGCAUCCAAGGGCUUGGAUGUGUGUUAAUGCAGGAGGGGAGGGUAAUUGCCUAUGCUUCACGACAGUUGAAGAAGCAUGAGGUAAAUUACCCCACCCAUGAUCUAGAGUUGGGAGCAGUGGUGUUCGCACUGAAGAUUUGGAGACAUUAUCUCUACGGAGAGACAUGUCACAUAUACACUGACCAUAAGAGCUUGAAGUACGUGUUUACUCAGAAAGAGUUAAACAUGAGGCAGAGACGGUGGAUGGAGUUGAUAAAGGACUACCAUCUAGUGAUUGAGUACCAUCCAGGCAAGGCAAAUGUGGCGGCAGAUGCUUUGAGCCGGAAGAGCUCAUCUGGGGCAUUGAUAGCUAAUUUGAGGGCAUUAAGAGCCCAACUGGAGGUGUCCAGUAAUGGUGCCUUAUUGGCACGGUUUGAGGUGAGACCUACUUUGCUUGAUGAGAUCAAGAAGGGUCAGGAAACUGACGAUGAAAUCAUGAAGAUCAGGGAACGCAUGCAAGCGGGACCGGUGGAGGACUUCAGGGAAAGAGACGACGGUCUUUUAUGAUUUCGUGACCGAGUGUGUGUACCGGCAGAUGAUGAGCUCCAAAAGUCCAUCUUAGAGGAAGCUCAUUCAUCGGCUUAUGCCAUGCACCCGGGGGGCACGAAGAUGUACCGCGACUUGAAGGAGAGUUACUGGUGGUCGGGUAUGAAGAGAGAAAUAGCCGAAUAUAUCAGUCGAUGCCUUACUUGUCAACAAGUUAAGGCAGAACAUCAGCAUCCAGCAGGCUUAUUGCAACCACUUUCCAUUCCUGAAUGGAAGUGGGAACACGUGACUAUGGAUUUUGUGGUAGGUUUACCACGGACAAUCAGGAACUAUGAUGCAGUUUGGGUUGUGGUAGAUAGGCUCACGAAGAGUGCACACUUCUUGCCUAUCAACACUACUUACCCACUUGAGAGGUUAGCCAAAUUGUAUACGGAUGAGAUCGUGAGGCUGCACGGGGUCCCAGUGACCAUUGUAUCUGAUAGAGACCCACGGUUCACAUCGCGUUUUUGGCCAAAGUUUCAGGAGUCUAUGGGAACGAAGUUGAAGUUCAGUACUGCUUUCCACCCACAGACGGAUGGGCAGUCUGAAAGAGUCAUACAGAUCCUAGAAGACAUGCUGAGGGCUUGUGCAUUGGAGUUCCAAGGAAGUUGGGACAACCACUUAGCACUUGUGGAGUUUGCCUAUAACAACAGUUAUCAGGCAAGCAUCGACAUGCCUCCAUACGAGGCAUUGUAUGGGAGGAGAUGUCGUACACCGUUAUGCUGGGACGAGGUUGGCAUGGCCAAACUCGAGGGUACUGAGUUGGUUGAGGUCACCAAAUCAAAGGUGAAGUUGAUUCGAGAGAGACUCAAAGCGGCUCAGGAUAGGCAAAAGAGUUAUGCAGAUAAACGUCGACGAACCUUAGAGUUUAAGGUUGAUGACGAGGUAUUCUUGAAAGUUUCUCCUUGGAAAGGAAUCAUUCGAUUUCAAACCCGAGGAAAACUUAACCCACAAUAUAUAGGUCCAUUCAGAAUUAUAGAGAGGAUUGGGGCCGUAGCAUAUCGUCUACAGUUGACUCCUGAGUUAGAGAAGAUACACAAUGUGUUUCAUGUAUCCAUGCUCAAGAAGUAUGUGCAUGAUCCCUCUCACGUAUUGGAAAAGCCGCCUGUAGAGGUACGUGAGGAUUUGAACUACGCUGUGCAACCGAUCAAGGUCACCGAUAGAAAGGUGAAGAAAUUGAGGAGCAAAGAAGUCCCAAUGGUUAAAGUACUUUGGAAGAGCGAUCGGGUCGAAGAAGAGACAUGGGAAACAGAGGCUUUGAUGAGGAAGCAGUAUGCUUUCCUAUUCGAGUAGAGCUGUGAAUUUCGGGGACGAAAUUCCUGUUAAGGGGGGGUGAACUUGUGACACCGCACCUGAACGUCCUUGAAAAAUUUGAUUUAAAAUUCAAAGUUUAUGUAUUGGAUUUCUGAUUCCCAAACAAUUGUAAAACGAUUAAUGUUUGAAAAAAUUAUAUAAAUAUGACCAAAAUAAAGAUGAUUUACAAAAAUGUGAUUAGUGGCUAGAGUAGUAAUGAAAUCAUAGUAAUUCAUGUUCAAGUUUUGAGCUUAAGUUACCACAACAUCACAUUAUAGUAAUGAAUAGUCAUAUUUAUGUAAAUUUGUUUUAUUUUAGUGAUAUUCUUGUAAAAAAUCCUUAAUGUUUUACGUAAUUAAUGAUCGAUUAUUGUAUCGUUCAAACUCGUAUAUUUGUGUCGGGCAUGCAAAUACUAUUUGGGUCUUAUUAAUAAUAAAAGAGCCCAACAUUUUCUAAAUAGUGAUACAUCAUCUUUCGAGACAAUUUGAGGAAGGUCGGGCGGCCCAAACAUUAUUUUGGGCCCAACCUGCUAAAAAUAGCGAGUAUUCGAGAAUGGCGUUCUAGACCCACUCGGGAGUGACCCACAUGGCUAGUAGCCCAUUAAUAUGUAUGACAUGAUUAAAGAAGAAUACAAAUGCCUAUAACCCCAUCUUUGGCAUUAUUGAACUAAAUAAUGGGAGUAGGAUUUUCCUUCUAUAAUAUCCAUCAAGUAAAUUAUUGAGAUGAAUCUACACAUAUUGGAGAUCAAUAAUGUGAUGUAUGAAGUUGACUUUUUCUAAAUAAGUUAGGAUGAGUACAAAAAGACAUCUUUGACAAAAGAUAAAACAAUAGGACCCAUCUUCCCAUUUUUGGGAGUAUUGGUAGAUAUUUUGGACCUCAAUUUGAUUGAGAUCAAUUGGGAAGCAUUCCAUGUGGCUUGAGUACCUGCAAGACAAGGAAAAUAUGUGAGAAGACUCACCUUGGCGGCACCACAUGGAGGAGCACUGCCCAUGACACAAUUGGAAUCAAAUUUUGGGGCCACCACCACUGUUUUCGCACAAACAGGUGUGCUGUUUUGUCUCCCUUCAUUUUGAGAGUUAUACUCGCCCAAAUAGAUUGAUUAAGGUGUCCUUGGAUAGCCUUUGAAGUCUAUUUUCAGAAUUGAGUGGUCUCUGUUCGAGAGGAGAGAGUAAUCAUACAAAAAUCGAGCUGGAGUGAGCAGUGGUCCGUAAACUCGAGCUCUGAGAGUGCUGAAUCUGUUUGGUGGAUAUCUCGAGUUAUACCAAUCCAAUUAAGGCUUAUAAGAUACCAAAAGAAAUCUCUCAAGACGAGGAAUCCGUGAAGGUCUGGUUUGCAUCAAUCGGAGUAGUGGAAGGCUUCCAAAUCGUCCGAGCAAAACACAACCUCGCAGAAACGAAUCUACUCUUCUAAAGAAACGUGUUCACCGGAAAACACCCAUUCUAGGGGCUGUUUUCGUACCAACGUUUAGGGGUUGAGCUAGCACUUUGAAGAGGCUGUUUAACACUCAUAUUUGAGCAAGGAAUCAGUUCCAAAUCCACCUUGACCAAAGUCUUGACCAUUGGAUCGAGAAGGAAGGUUUUAAAGCUCAUUUGAGGUGAGGACCGACAUCUAGUUGCUUACAACUUGUAGGUUAUGCAUGAGAUUACCUAAAUGCUUGAAUCAUGUUUUUGUGAAUAAAUAUGCUUGAACAUGAUAUGAAUGAUAAGUAAUGGACUUGAUCAUGAAUUGAAACCAUAUUGAUGAAUAUGGAGUCAUGUGAGAUAAAAGUAUGCUAAUAUGGUAAAUUGACUUUCCAACUCAUGUAUGAAUUUUAUGUGUAUGUAAAUAUAUAAUUGCAUGAUGAUGCUUAGAACAUGGGAGGCUGCCACAUAUCUAUUGACAUGGAGGGGCUACCAUUAAUGAUAAAUGAGUUGUAGGAAUAAUCUUAAUAGUAUUGUGAUGCUAGUUAAGGAUUGUUCAAAAUGUUGAUAGAAUCAAACUUAAGGUUUGAGUUGUUUGUGAUGAAAUUGAAUAAGAUUCAAGUGUCAAGUGUGAUUUCAUGGAGUAGGAGAUCUAUGGUGUGAUUGUAUGAAGUAGGAGAUCUAUGGUGUGAUUGUAUGAAGUAGGAGAUCUAUGGUGUGAUUGUAUGAAGUAGGAGAUCUAUGGGGUGAGUACAUGAAGUAGGAGAUCUAUGAUAUGAUUAUAUGAAGUAGGAGAUCUAUGAUGCGAGUGCAUGAUGAUGUACUCGAGCCGAACUCUAGAAAUGAGAAGUUAUAUUACGGUUGGACCCUAUGUAUGUCGUGACCAUUAGUCACGGGGUUUUGGGAAAUGUUUUGUAAUAAACAUGGGCCUUUGAGCCGAUUACUUGACUUUAUAUAAAGUAAGUAUGUAUUUUGAAAGGGGUAAUCUGGGAUUACGACCUAUACUAUAUUAUCACCCUAUUUGAGGGUCUUGUGUGUGAAAUACUUGUUGUAUAUCUAUUAGAUGCCUGCCACACCAGCACUUUAUAGCCCUAUAGAGUGCUGACCCCUUCGGGGGCGUCCCACCACCAUUUUUCAGCUUGAGGCUAGAGCUUGCUUCCUGUGCUCGUUGCUCGAGAGAUCAUAUAGGAGGGAAGACUUGGUUCGUGCUUCCUCCAUUCUGUUUUAAACAUUAAUAAACAUGCUCAUGAAUAUUUUACUAUAGAGCCUGCGUGCUCAUGUUUGCCACGUGUGGCAUUUGUUUUCAAACUAUGUUUUCCGCUACGUAUUCGAUUGCUUAUUAUGUUGUUUAUGGAUGGCUUACGUGUGAAUGAUAUUCGAGACGCCUUGUAUGAUACGAAUGUGUUGGACUGCGGUUGACUAUUCGUAUUGUACGGCGGGUUGUUGACGUGUCCGGGGAGGUCCGGGGCGUGACAUCAUCAAUAUGUCACGAGUCAUUGAUGAGUCAAUAGACGCAAUGAACCAAGAGGUGAAGUAUAGCUCUUUCAAAAUUUCGACAAGUUGCCGCUUAAUGAUCCGACUCAUGCAUUGUACGCGUCAACUUCUCGAAAGGGGGCAAUUGUUAGAGCAACUAUUUGACAGUUUAUGUUGCAUUAAAGAGAGUUGAUCACAAAAGUUAAUGAGGCUUAAUGAUGGCUGUUGUAAUGGAUUUGUGUUUAUUAUUGGAGUUAGUAACGAUAUUAAGGCAAGAGGUUACUUAUUUUGAGCUGGCCAGCAUUGAUGACGAGUUGCGAAACCGACGGGUCGGAACCGUCAUGUCAAAUCGCCAAUAACGGAUAAAUGGAGUCAAUGAAGCGUUAAGAAUCUCAUUUUAAAUAUUGUAACAUUUUUUUGUACAUUAUUAGGCUCUUUAAUGUUAUUAAGGAAGGUAUUAAAUGUAUUUGACCGGCCUUUAUGACGGAUUUGAAUUCGUCAGUACGGCCAACCUGUCAGUAACGGACGGCCAAUCCGUCAGUAACGUAAAAAGUCAUCAUUAGGGCUUUAAUUACCUUUCCUAUAAGUAGGAUAGUCUCAUUGUAAUCAGGGCAGAGCUCACAUUUGAACAAUACACAUGUUUUCAC